AUGCGCAGAAGCGUUCCGCGCGAGCGGGUGCUAGGAACCACGAGGAGCUGGGGUGUGUUUCCGGUGCGGGUGACAGGCGACGAAGUUGAAGCCCAAGUGCCCGGAGGGGGCAGCAGCUUCCUGAUUGCCAGAGGAUGUCAGUGCCUUAUAAACCAGGAUGUGCAAGACCGGGAGGACUGCCUAAGGCUCUUGCAGGACCAUGGCCAGCAGCGAGCGCACCUUCAUUGCCAUCAAGCCCGAUGGGGUCCAGCGCGGCCUCGUGGGCGAGAUCAUCAAGCGUUUUGAGCAGAAGGGAUUCCGCCUCGUUGCCAUGAAAUUCAUGCAGGCUUCCGAAGACCUUCUCAAGGAGCAUUACAUUGACCUGAAGGACCGUCCCUUUUUUGCUGGCCUGGUGACGUACAUGCAUUCAGGGCCAGUGGUUGCCAUGGUCUGGGAAGGGCUGAAUGUUGUGAAGACAGGUCGAGUGAUGCUUGGGGAGACCAACCCUGCAGAUUCCAAGCCUGGGACCAUCCGAGGGGACUUCUGCAUCCAAGUCGGCAGAAACAUCAUCCAUGGCAGUGACUCUGUGGAGAGCGCAGAGAAAGAGAUUGGCUUGUGGUUUCACCCUGAGGAACUGGUAGAUUACAAGAGCUGUGCUCAGGCCUGGAUCUACGAGUGACAUGAAAGCAGACCGCAGUGCUUGUCCCAUUCCAUUUCUCCUCUCUCCCACGGGCAGGGGACCAGGCUCUAGCAAAUCGAGUUAUUUCUGAGAACUUCCUUUUCAUCUGGAGGGAAACUCUUGGAGCUGUGAGUGCUCCCUGUACAGUGUUAUGUGCUACCAUCAGAUUAAAAUGUUUCAUCGCAAGGAA